GUUGUGUUGUGAACUUAUGUUUGCUUUUUUAAUUUCGUUGUGUUGUGCACUACUGGGCCACCGUAAGAAACAGCUUAAAUUGUAUAUUUCAUUUAGAUAAUCAUUUAAGUGAUUUUUCAUAAAAAUGUAAUAUUUCACAUGCAAGCUAAUGGUGUAGUUGAGGAAAUUUGUGGUAAAUAGGUACAAAAGUACUUCAUAUCUCCCAAAACACAACAUUAAUGUAUAGAUGAGAAGUAAACAAAACAAAUUAUAUAUUAUAUGUAUUAUUAAAAAUGUAUGUGUAUAUAUAUGCAAAAGCCUCUAAGUGCCAUCUGAAAUUUUCUUCUAAAAUGAGCAUUUUUAUCAAGCUUGUAUAGGUCAUUUUCAUUGCCAUUAAAGUGUAAUAACUGAACAUAAACAUACGAUUAUAGGGUUAAUAACUGGGUAGGUCUCUGUGUUCAGAAUAAAACAUCAGACUCUCGUCUCUCAAGAACUAAUCAUCAAGCUCAUGUGAAAUAAUGCACACCUUUUUCACCUGAAGUGAUUAACUCCAAUUAAAUCUCAGCUGCUCUUGUAAGAUAUUUCUGACACCAUCUUGGUUGCUGCUUCUACAAGAGCCACAAAGAGCUUAUGAAGCAUCGACAAGAUCUCAUUGUUGAAAAGUAUUGCUCAGAUCAGUGUGACUAAAGAUUGGACAAAAGUAUGUUAGCAAUUGAUAAAAACUGUAAGAUUAACAUGAUAUUUUUUACAGUCUAUGUGUAGAGCUCAGUCAGACCGAUCAAACAAUUCAAACUCUAAAGUUCCUGUUUUAAUCAUUGAUUGAUUGAUUCUGACAUAGAGAAUAAAUUAAUUUAGUCAAAAGCACUUUAUAAAAUACAGUAGAAAGCUAUUAAAGGUCACAUUGGGAUAAUAGAGAUCACAGUAAUAAAAUCUAUAAUAAAUAUAUAAUUGAUGGAUCAGCACACAGCUAGAGAUGAGUGACACCUCAUUUUAUAAAUGUGCAAAAUUAAUCAGUCAGCAGUGUAAUUAUACAGUUACCAUGGGAACCGCUGAUCUCUAUCUUUAAAAUUAAUGUGAUGCACUGAAGAAACACUUCAUUAAACUCUUGAGUCAGUUAAAAACAUUCAAAAUUACGGUUCUGAAAAAAAAAAAAAACCCUGUAAUACUAAGCCUUUGAAACAGAAUCAUUCUGUGAAAAUGUAAAAUAACUCUUAAUAAUGAGUUUUAUCUGCUUGUAUCUUUUCUGUCUGGUUUUGCGUGUUCAUUAAAAAUGUGUGAAGUAUUUUCUUUCCUCUCUAUUAACACUUUCUCUCUCUCUUUCUCUCUAUUUCCCUCUUUCUCUCUCUGUCAGAGGAAGUGGGCAUCUUUUUUGGUCACAUUUUAUUUUAAAGAUGCUUCCAGGAAACAUUCAAACUCAUCCGAACACUUCAGAAGAGCUUCAGAAGAACUGAAUCUACAGAGAAGAUCAUUUAAUAAGAGAGAAGGAUGAGGAUCAUCUUGACUUUCGCUCUGCUGAUGAUUUCUGGUGUCGUGAGAUCCAUGAAUGUGACAGGAUAUUCAGGAGGAGGAGUCACAAUCACAUGCAAAUAUAAGACAAAAUAUGCACAAAAUGCAAAGUCUUUUUGUCGAGGUGAUCAGAGCUCCACAUGCUCUGAGACUAAAGAUGAUUCUGGAAGAUUCUCUCUGUAUGACAACACAAGUUCAGCAGUCUUAAAAGUGACCAUCAGAAAUCUGAGUGAAGAGGAUUCUGGGACGUACUACUGUACAUUUGGUAAAACAGGAGAUAAAGAUUCCUACACUGAAGUGAAUCUGAAGGUUAUAACAGAUCAACAAAUCAGGACUGUGAGAGGAUAUUCAGGAGGAAACGUCAUUAUAAACUUCAAAUAUAAGAUGAAACACAAGAACAAUGUGGAAGUCUGUAAAACUGCAGCAGAUCAAUGUUUGACUGUAAUGAACACUAACAGAACAGCAGAACAGAAACAUGACGGACGAUUCUCUGUUUAUAAUAACAGAUCUGCAGAUCUCUUACGUGUGUUUAUCAGAGAGCUGAAUGUGAAUGAUUCUGGAAAAUAUAAGAUUACAGUCAAAGUUUCUGAAAAAUACAGUGUCUUCUCUGAGUUUAAUCUGGACAUCAGAGACGAUGAUUGUUGUGAGAAGAGCAUCAGUCUAUCAGCUGCUGCAGGAGGAUCUGUGAACAUCAGCUGCAAAUACCCACAAUCCCACAGAAAAGAUGUGAAGUUUCUCUGCCGGAGAUCUGGAGAUGAUCUCUGUGCUGAAGAGACGUCUGUGAAGGAGAGCAGAAAAUGGAGUCCUGAGGGAAAGAUCCAGCUGUAUGAUGACAGAGAAAAGCAGCUCCUGACGGGAAGCAUCAGUCAUGUGACUGAACAACAUUCAGAAUACUGGUGUGGAGUUCAGUCUGAUCAAGGACACAAGAGCUUCAUCACACGAGUCCUGAUCAGUGUUACAGGCUCUUCUCUGAUCAUCCCUCUGGUUCUGUUUUUUCUGGUUCUGAUCACAGCUGGACUCUUAUUACUGUUUUUCUGUAAGAAGCAUCAGUCUCAAGGUGGUGAUUCGUCAUCUCAGACUGGACCAGGAAAACAUGAAGUGGUUUCUCACACCAGUUGUGAUUAUGAGGAGAUUAAAGAUGCUCACAAACAAUUACCCACAAACCCCUCUGAUUCUAACUGCGUUUAUGCUACAGUUCAGAAAGCCACUGGUGACUCUCAGUGCUGCAUCACAUCUGCUGAGGAUCUGAAUUACGCAGUGGUGAAUUUCCACAAGAAAUCUGACUGUCCUGACAGUGUCAGUAGCAGGAAUAAUCAGGAUUACAGUGAAUACGCUGCUGUCAAUCAUCUCACUGCUUGACCAACAACAGCAGAGAAUAUAAAUGAGCUGAAUGUUUUAUCACCUUGUCUUUGGCAUUAAGUUUGCGUGUUUGGUGUUUUUUGUUAGUCUUCACUGAUGCUCCUUUUCCUUAUAUUUUAGUCAGUUUUGUGAAUCAGACUUUUGACUGUUGGCAUGAAGUCUGAUGAAUGUUUAAAUUACAGCGCAGUGUUUUGUUCUGCAGACGACAAUGAAAGAAAUGAUCAGAUGCUUUUGGUCAGAGUUUGAUAUAAAUAAGUACUGAAUGUUUCAGACAAAAGUGUAAAAUUAAAGCAGAAUAUACAGCUGUGCUCUAAUUUAUAAAGCUAACAAACUUUAGCACAUGCAGCAGCUGUUGUUUUUUUCUCUCAGUUCUCAUUUUAACAGAUAACUUAUCCUGAUAACUUUAAAAAAAAACAAAAAACAGAUGAGGUUGUGAUAUUGUUUGCAAAUGUAAUAUGCAUGAAUUAUGGAAAGCUGAAAUGCACAUAAAAGCACAAUGUCUGAGCUUUAUGAGUGUCCGUUGUGAAGCCUGAGGUCUUUUUAGCUUUUGCUCUAAAAAUGUUGACUCCCCACUGAUGUAAUGUAACGGAGACUCGUUCGAGCUCAGGUUGAGAUCCAUAUGUGGCAGGAUCAGUGAUUUAUCUUAUUGGGCCAUUUGAGGUUUGGUUUUGGGCAGACCAAUGAGGUAGAAGCGGCCGUACUAUUUAAGGACCCUUAUUUUGGUGAGUGUGUGUCCAGCUGAUUCUGGGUUCUCUUCUCCCUGGCAUUUCCGUUCCCGUUAUUGUUCGUGUUCAGGUAUGUUGAGACUCUAUGUUGCCACUACUGAGUGGCAAGUUUCUGAUGAAAUUCGCUCUCAGGUAGUUUGGUAUCCACAUUAAAUUUCUUGAUCACUUGUGGUGGAGGUAUUUUUUGUAUUGUUCAUAGUAACAGAUGUUAGCAGGUGUGUGAAUGCUGGCCGGUAGACUGAGCCAUGGCACCUGUUGUGAGUAACAAUACAGCUUUGCGUCUGGUGUUUGUUCAACCUAAGUUAGUACGCCUCUCCCUCUUUCUCAUUUGGGGUUCAGUAGAUUUAGUUUAACGCUCUGAUAUUUUUAUUAAAGGAUAAAGGGGGAGUGGAACAUCUCAAUAUUUAAGCCCUUUCUCUAGCUGAAGAUGCUGCAUAUGACGCCACUGCUAUUUUGCUUACAGUCAUUUCCUGUUUUUGUUUCUUUUGCUUGCAGGCAUUUCUGCUGCUUUGUUUGCUUUGCUGUUUUGUUGGUCAUUUGGGCUGGUAGCUAUGAGCUUUAUGUGCACUAGCAGGGUUCCUGCGGGGUCUUAAAAAGUCUAAAAUUCUGAACUUUAAAUUUAAGGCCUUAAAAUGUCUUAUAAAUGGACAGAUUUUCAUCUGAGGUCUUAAAUUUCAUUUAGUCAGGUCUAAUUUUUUUUUUUACCCAUUUCCAGAAACGCUGCCCGCUGAAAGUUAUUACAAAAUAGCUAGCAAAAAAGUAGCGAGUUGUAGUUCUUUCUGGGGGAUAUUGGUGUUGGUACGUACGCGGUGAUAAAACUACAAAUCCCAUGAUAAAUGCAAUACCUGCCCGCGAAAUACGUCUGCGUCUCCUCAGAGUUUGUUAAAGUUCGGCUACGUGUGGAAAAUGGGAAAGUGUACUUUCAACGAGACAUGACUAGAUCACAGCGAUUUCUGCUGUUGGUUACAAGCGGUACCCAGCUCCAGGUACGAGGCUCACUGCAAACUUUGCAAAAAAAAAAAAAAAAAAAAAAAAAUUAAAUGGGGGACUCUGAGUGUGAAGGCGCUGGAGUCACACGCCAGAGCGGAGAAACACAAGCUAGCCGCAAAAUGCCUCCUCAAUGCCUGGUCCCUCCGGUCUCCAGCGCAAUAUCAUCGCAGCUCCGUCGAACACCCUUUGGGGUACUUUUGGAUCAACUGACACAUCGAAAGCCGAGGUGCUUUGGAUACUACACACAGUGACUAAACACAACUCAUUUAAUAGCAACAGUGAGAUUAGCGAUCUCUUCCAAGUGAUGUUCCCUGAUUUAGUAAUCGCGAAGACGUUCUCCUGGAAUAAAUGGAAUUGUAAAGUCGAGAUACCUGGGCUCACAGUUCAUGGGACAGUGCGGAAACAUCAGAUAAUCCGUGUUAGAUAGAUAGAUAGAUACUCUAAUUAUCCCGAGGUAAGUAUCCAUCUAUCUAACAUGGAUUAUCUGGUGUGUGUGUGUGUGUGUGUGUGUGUGUGUGUGCACUACGUUGGUUGUUACAUGGGUUGGAGUAGCCUGUUCAAUCUCUAUUAGGCUAUUAAUAUGCUGUUUUGUAAUGUAAAUAAAUAUGAGAUGAAAUCUAUUCUAUUUGAGGGCAAGUUUGUUUUAGUCUGUUUUCAUUUUGGGCCUAAGGUUUUGGGCAUUUGGCACGUUGUUGGGUGUGGAAGGUUACCAAUGUGAUUGCUUUAUCUGUAAAUUAAAUUAAUGCUUUUUCAAUGACUGAAUUCAUUGAAAUAAAAUGAUUUUUUUCAGAAUUUCUUUGAUUUGAAUAUUUUUUGGUAGUGCGUCGUGUAGGUCUUAAAUUUCAAUCUUUAUGGUCUUAAAAUGUCUUAAAAUGGUCUUAAAUUUGACUUACUGAAACCGGCUUUCUUUGAUUAUUCAGUGUAAUUUUUCUUUAGUGUAGUUUGAUUAAUGUGGUUUUCUUCCUCUCCAGGAGCCAGUGAGCCAGUGUGGAACGAGGAAGGCUAGCUGCUUUUCAUUCGGUGGUGUGUGCUUCAGUGUACUGACACAACUUCCUCAUGGUGUGUGCACGUGGUGUCUGAUUUGGUGUGAAUUUAGGUGGGUUCAGAUGACCUCCUGAGUUGCAGCCGGCCUGUCCUGUUCCUGCUAAGCCUGGCCCUGGAUAGUUUUUUUUUAUUUUUUUUAUUUUUUAUAUAAUUUGGAGUGUGCUUCACAGGAGAGAGAAUCUACGAUAACAAGUUUAAUUCAUGAUGAUGCUUUUAUAAUAAAGUGUAUUUUUCUGUAUUGCUACUCGCAUCUCUUUACAUCUUAUUUCUUUGCCUUCAAUUGGUAAAACUUACCUCUGUGUCCUUAUUGCUCUAUAAAUAAAAAUGAAAAAUAAAAUUUACUUAUUGGGAUUAUCUGGUGCUCCA